GAACUGCGGGCACCGAGUUGUCUGGCAAGACUGCGGGCACCGAGUCGUCUGGCAAGACUGCGGGCACCGAGUCGUCUGGCAAGACUGCGGGCACCGAGUCAACUGGCGGAACAGCGGGCAUCGAGUCAACUGGCGGAACUGCGGGCGCCGAGUCAUCUGGCAAGACUGCGGGCACCGAGUCGUCUGGCAAGACUGCGGGCAUCGAGUCGUCUGGCAUUGGAUCGUCUGGCUCGACAGCGGGCAUCGGGUCACCAGGCAUCAAGUCAUUUGGCUCGCCAGCGGGCACCGCGUCAUCUGGCAAGGCAGUGGGCACCGAGUCACCAGGUACGACAGCGAGCUCUGAGUCAAUUGGCACGACAGCGGGCACCGGAUCAGGUACCGGAUCAUCUGGAUCAACAGCGGGCAUCGAGUCAACUG